UACACCGCCUUCCUAAAUUUUGUUUCCAUUCAACUUUUGUAAUCUAUUUUAUUGUGUUUGGGGAAAGUCACUAUAUAAUUAGAUAAUAAGAUACCUUCUCUGUAAAUUAAUAAAAUAAUUCGAUUAUGGCUCAUUCACAAGCAGGAGCUGAUGUCGCUAACGUCGUUAAUCGUUGUAAUUCGGCAAAGCAAGAUAAAAAGUUGGAUCUGUCUGGUUGUAAAUUAAUCCAAAUACCUGAAGCAGUAUAUUUUUUAAUGAAGAAUGUUUGUGUUGAGAGUCUAGUUCUCACUAAUAAUCAAAUUCCACGUCUACCAAAGAAAUUUGGAGUGGUGUUUCCAGGAAUCUCAGAAUUAUGUCUCAAGAAAAACAAAUUCAGUAGCCUCCCAGAUGAGAUACAAGACUUAUCAAAUCUCCAGUCUCUAGAUAUAUCCUUCAAUAGCUUCACUUGUAUACCAAAUGCUGUCUACAGAUUACCGAAGCUAGUAAACCUGAAUGCAGAAAACAAUUCGAUAACUGAUGUAGACCAGGAGAAACUUGAAGGUAUGGCUUCUAUAGAAGAAGUGAAUCUAUGUAACAAUCCUAUACCAGCAGACCAGCAGAGAGCCUUGCAGGAUAUUGCAGAGAUUCAUGUCUUAGUCGGAAGCUGAUAAAAGUUUUAUCUGAUAUCUUUUCUUGGAAUCUUAAAUAGGAGAAAGACAAUGAUUUUUGGCAAAAUGAUCAAAGAUGUUCGAUGACUCAACUGAAGAUAUUUUACUUAAUUUGUUGAUCCCUGCCUUCCCACCGAAAUUGAAGCCAUUUUAUUUAUAUUAUUAACCCCUUCCUAUUAAAACAGCUUAAAUUAUAUGAUGUGAUUUAUACUUCAAUUUUUACUAAAAUCUUCCCAUUUCAAUAUUACUUUGGCAUAUCAAGCACAGAACAAAUGGAACUGUUUGCCGAUUUAAAGCACCGAAAUAUAUUUUGUGAUCUGAACAAGAAUUUCACUGCUUCUCCCUGUUUUCACUGUGAUAUUUUAAAAUUGAAAAACAUACGCAUGUUAUUUAUUUUUUUAAAUUUAAAUUUUAUAUCAUAUUUAUAAAUUUUGAAUUUUCUAAAACAGUUUAUUAUUGUGUUUCUGAGAUAAACUGAAAAUAAAUUACACAUUUUUGAUG